GCAUACUUGUGAGCAGCCGAGAUUGGGAGGCCAAUCUUCAACGUAUUUCUUGUUUCUGGAGCUCGUCAGCGAGUGACGGAUCCCGGUCUGAGACCUCUUGUUUGGUCUUUGAUCAAGCGACUUAUCUUUGAGAGGUCUCAAGAGCUUUGUUCUGUCUCCGAUACAAAGCUUCGUCAUGUCACAGUCACCAUCGUCGACUGGUGCGAUGGGGAUCGGCAAUGUGCUCAACAUCAAGGCAGAGUCCGGCGGACAACAGGCUUCUCAACAGGGCGCAACAUCCGAGCUGCAACAGCAGCGCCCGCCCCAGCAGCUCCAGCAGCUUCAAGUUGAUCGCCAGGGUUCGCCCCAGGGCUCGGAGCAACCAAGGUACUCGGGCCCGAUGAGCGCCUCGUAUCCUUCGCCGACUGCCAUGGCCCCGGCACCGUUGCCCCCUGUGCCGAAUGCCAACAUGGCACCCGCACCAAUGGUCCCGCAUGAGAUGCAGCAAAACAUUGGAAUUGUGCACCCUGCCUAUCAACAAACCCAGCAGCCCCCCCAGGCGCCCGCCCAUCAGCCGCCUGCGAAACAGUUCCCGUGCAGCACGUGCGGGAAGCCCUUUGCGAGACGUAGCGAUCUUGCCCGGCACGAACGUAUCCACAGCGGCAUUCGGCCCCAUGUCUGCGACUAUCCUGGGUGCGGCAAGCAGUUCAUUCAACGGUCUGCUCUGACCGUACAUUCACGCGUGCAUACCGGUGAGAAGCCACACCGGUGCGAGCGAUGCGGCAAGCCCUUCAGUGACAGCAGCUCGCUGGCUCGCCACCGGCGUAUCCACUCUGGGAAACGGCCCUACAAGUGCCCCUAUGCCGACUGCCAAAAGACCUUCACCCGACGCACCACGUUGACCAGGCAUCAGAACCAUCAUGUUGGCACGGUUGAAGAUUCAGCACGCGCCCGGGCUGAAGCUCUGGCUCAAGGCGCGAAUGCCGCCGCUGCCGCUGCCGCCGCCGCCGCCGCUGCCAGAAACAAGUCGCAGUCCGCGAGCGAGCAAGCAUCUAACCAUGAAUCUCCUAUCACCACGCCUUCUCCAGGGCAGCGCCCCAUCUCCAUGUCACCGGGCGCGGAAUUGGCCGGGAUGAAUAACAUGCAGUAUCUGAGCAACUCGAUUCCCGCGCACCUCCGCGGCGAUGUCCAUGUCGGCAGCCCGUCCCCGACAGCGUCUACGGGGUACAACAACGGCAUGCGCCCGACAUCACACCCGACCGGGUAUGCUCCUCCGCAGACCCUAGAGCCCAGCAUCGAGCAACCCCAACAGGGGCCUGGUAGCGCCGUCGGCAGUCCCCAUAUCGGCAGCGUGGGCUGGGCUUCUCCUGGCCCCGUCGGUUCUCCCACUCAGAGUCCCAACGGCAAUGGAUAUGUGUACCCCGAUCCCGAGUCGUAUCCGAGCGGAACUCCAAUCGCCCAGAUGUUCUAUAAUAACGCAGUAGCGACCCGUCGCCCGGAAAGUGCGGAGCCGGCCAAUCCCUCGUUCGAUGCUAAGGGCCGUCAGGGAGAGCUCUGGACGAAUGCUCAGUAGUAAUGGCCUUCACCAAGCUGCAUCUGUCAGGGACAGCGAGCGGCAGCCGACGAGAUGCCGUUCAGAGGCUGGAACUACAUUACCAUUGACCCAAGAUGAUGGCAAGAGGAAUGAAGCGAUGCCCCACAUGAGCCGCUCUCCUCCCCUGCUCCUCUCCACCCUUACACU